AUGGGGAUUCAAGUGAUUGUGACGGAGCAACAGCCCACGGCUGGGCUCCUUGGAAAGCGGUUUCACAUUUUCGGCAGCGGCAUCUCUUUUAGCAUGUCACCGACUAUUCACAAUGCUGGGUUUAAGUACCAUGAACUGCCACAUUUCUAUGACAUCCGCGAGUCUCCCGGCAUCGAAGGAGUUGCCCAUCUCAUCCAAGACGAUAGGUUUGGUGGUGCAAGCGUCACGAUGCCACACAAGCUUCAAGUGCACAAAUACUGCGACGAAGUAACCGAGACUGCUAAGUCGAUUGGCGCCAUCAACACCCUUGUCGUCAAGUCAAAAGAUGGGAAGCGGCUGAUCAUGGGCGACAACACGGACUGGUCUGGCCUCUAUAGCAUCAUGAGCAACUAUAUUGAGAAAACAGGCCGCGAGCCCGAGACUGGGCUUGUGAUCGGUGCAGGAGGUGCCUCCAGAGCCGCUUUGUAUUCGAUGUACCGCGCACAGGUCAAGACUAUCUAUCUCGUCAACCGAACACUGUCGAAGGCGGAGGCUGUACAGGAGGCUUUCGAGUCUCUCUUCACGGUCAAAGUCAUACCGAGCCUGGAAGACCUUCCCGCGAAACCCGACAUCAUCGUCGGCACGAUCCCUGCCGAUACAACGACGGAGGCUCAGUUUGUUAAUAUUUUUGGCCCCCGGGGCUUAUGCAUCGAAAUGUCAUAUAAGCCGAGAAUCACGCCGCUGCUCAAGGUGGCCCAGCGGCACCCGGGAUGGGAAAUUGUUACGGGAGUCGAAGUUUUGCUUUCACAGGCCUUUGAUCAGUAUUCAAGGUGGACAGAUAUGGAGGCACCAAAGGAUAUCAUGCGGGAUGCUGUCUUGACGCAUGAGAGACGCCCAGCCGCUCUGUAG